UCGACUAUAAAUUCAAACUAUGAAGGUGGAGACAAGAUGUUAGAGCAUCCCAAACCCAGGGAGUAGUACGGCAGUGGGAAAGUGGUGACUUUGAACGCAUCUGCCAUUUCGUUAAAUUUGUCAGCUAGCCCAUAUAACCCUUCCGCGCGAGCAGCAUGGCUGAGGGUAGCGACUAUGUCAUGGUGGAAGCUGAGGACGACUUAACGGAGAAGCAGAAGAACCAAGUGCUUCAUUAUUUCAAAGUGAAAAGAAAGUCAGGUGGUGGGGAUUGCGUCCUGACACAGGUGUCGCCAAAGCUCUGCAAGAUAUCCUUUUCUAAUUGCGAAGCUCGGCAACGAGUCCUUGCUCAGAGGGAGCAUAUUGUCCAGUUGGCAAAUGACAGCAUUAAGUUAACAGUCUUGGGCACUGAUGACCCUUCAGUCAUGGGUGCUGAUGACCGUAAGGAUGACAUUCAACAAGCGAUUCAAAGAGAAGAAGCAUCUUUAAAAGUACCUGCUGCCGGCAUCCCUUCUACAUUGAAACAAAGUAAUAAAGAAGGAGAAAUGGUGACUGAGACACCACUUAGAGGGAUAGACCUCACAGACAAAGAAUUGUGUAGAUUACAGCUCAACGAAUACUUACUAAAUUAUUUCAUGAAAAAUGAAAAACCUGCUCGAGAGUUCAAACAUUGCCAUUUAGGAGACUGUAGUACAUUCAGCAUUUCAGAAGACAAUGAAAAAGUGAAAUAUUUACUUCAAGAAUCAGAAAUUUUAAAUGAGGACUGUGUAAUUACAAAAAGGAAAAAUACUAUUGAGAUCAUAAAGCAGAUUUUACAGAACUACAAAUGUAGUCAUGAAGUUGAUGUUUCAAGGCUCCAGGUGUUAAUUAAGUACCCUAAUCUUGCAGGAAAGCACAUUGAAAUCUACAGUGAGCCACUUCAACAAUUUACUGUAAUUGUUGGUCCAACAGAUGAAGUUGCAGAUCUUCUGAAGCUUGUGGAUAGUCUUUUAGAAACUGAAAAGCAAGUAGAAAAGUGUUCCAUUGAGUUUAUGUUACCUGGAGUGAGAAAGUACUUGCUGAUAAAAGACAAGUUUGAAAACAUGAUGAAGGUACAGUUCCCCUCUGUGGUUUGCUCAGUGGAUAAGAAGCGUUCUGUUUUAAUAUUAGAGGGAGAUCUGAAACAAGUAUAUGAUGCAAAACUCAAACUGUCUCAAACUUUUGAAGAACUGCAGGAAGUUCAGCUAACUAUCUCAAAUAAUAAAAUACAGUUUCUGAGUUCCUGCACUGCUGAGGAAUUUGAAAAGUACUUCAGUACUUUAAGUAGUCCAGUCUUGCUGGAGAUUAAUACAACUGCCAGCUUGUGUGGAACAUCUACAUCUUGCCUCUUGGAAGCAGAACGUAGAGUUAACUCUUUGCUUCUGGAAGAAGAAAUUAUAAUACCUGACACUGCUACAGAAUUAGUUAGCAAACCUGCAUGGAAAGAAUUCUUACAUUCUUUAGAGUACAGUGUAGACUCAACGCCAAAACAAGUAAACAUCUUCAGUGUACAGAAUUCAAAUAAUAUUUGUUCAGAGUUGAUUAUUGUGGGAUUCAAGGACACAGUUAAGUACAUUGCAGAAGCUGUACAGAAAUAUCUCUCUGAAAAUUCUAUCUGGAAAGCUGUUAUUAAUGUCCAGCAUUUUGAAGAGGUGGAUUAUUUUUAUGAGCUUUUAGAGAUUCUGAAUAUUGGAGAUUUACAGAUCACAUCUUCGACAAAGCAUUACCCAUCUCCGACCAUUGAGCUUUGUGGUCCUAAGUCUAAGGUUAUUGAGGCGCAUUGCACCAUUGAAAACACCCUAAAGUCCAUGGUCUGGGAGACACUCAGGAUAUCAAAGCCAGGAGCACUGAAAUUUUUCCAAGGUGCUGGUAAAGAGUACCUCUCUGCAGUGGGCAGAACAAUGCACUGCCUUUUCAAGCUGAAAGAACCACAUGUAUGUGACAGUGACUGUGUUCACCAUCAAGUAAGUUCCAGUUUUCCUCCUGAUUCUUCUGCAACUGAGAUGUGGCAUAGUAGUCCAUUAGAGGGAGGAUUUGUUGUGUCAGUCUGUGUUGGUCAUCUAUCAAAACUAAAGGUUGAUGCCAUUGUUGAUGUGGACAAUGGAAAUCUUAUCCAUGGAAGUGGCAUAGCUAAAGGAAUACAGGAUGCAGGAGGGGAUUUAAUUGAAAAGGAGAGUCAAGAAUGGAUAAGAAGGCAUGGAACAUUGAACACUGGAGAUGCAGUCAUAACUUCAGCAGGAAACCUUCUAUGUCAAAAAGUAAUCCACGCUGUUGGGCCACAGAAAUCUGAAGGCAGUACAGUCCCAUAUGUCUCAGAUAUCUGCGAGUCCCUGAAACAUGCAGUCCACAGUUUGCUUAACCUUGCAGAAAAAGAAGGGCUGCAGUCAGUUGCAUUUCCAUGCAUGAGUUCUGGACAAUUUGCAGUACCUCUUGAAAUCUGCUCAUCUUGCAUUGUUGAAACAAUUAAAGACUUUACUGAAGAGCAUGCCAUGAAACCACACACCUUAAAAAACAUCAUUCUCAUUGAUAUUGAUUUGGAAAAGGUGGUAGCAUUUCAGAAGGCUUGUGAGAAAAUAUGGGAAUCCAGUUCAUCCUCACCCUGCUUCAGGAAUACCACCAGUUCUACAGGAGGACCCAGUAACAUAAAAGAAGUAAUUGUGUCAGGGGCUAUUGAGCAUCAAAAGGUGGAUGUACUGGUUGUUCCGUUGACUACAGAUUUGAAUUUAAUGUCAACAAUGGUGUCAAAAUGCAUUCUUCUGAAAGCUGGGGACAAUUUACGACAUCAGUUUUUCAUACAGUCUCAAGGUCGUAGUUUUGAACCUGGAGAUAUUGUUCCAGUAAACACCUCAGAAAUUCCCGCUCUGGACUGCAAGUGGCUAUAUUACGUGAUACGCCCCAAAUUGGAUGAAUUGAAAGGGAAAACAAAGGAGAUUUUCACGAUGAGUUUGCUACAUAGUCUUGAAAUGUGCCACAGCUCAGGUUUCCAGUCAAUUGCAUUUCCAGUUAUUGGGACAGGAAAGGUUCUAGGUGUUUCCCAUAAUGUGGGAGCCAAGUGUUUGCUGGAUGCAAUACAGAAAUUUAAGGAGAAGAACCCAUUCUCUUGGAUAAAGCAAAUCAGCAUAGUAAUUCACCCCAAAGACAACAUUUCCCCAUUGUUAUUUCGUAACACAAACAGCAUUUCUGAGAAAGGAAAAGAGGCAGAGGGAAGCAAGAUCAAAGAUUUGUGUUAUCAUUCAUUGUUAAGCUCCAUUGACAAAGCCAGCAUCAAAAUAUGUAAUGUCAAAGUGGAGGUGGAUUUUGGAGAUAUUGUUAUGGAAAAUGUAGAUGUCAUUGUAAACCCUACAGAAUUAUCCUACAACACAACAGAAGGUGUUGCAAGAUCUGUAUUUUCUGCAGCUGGGCAGGAAAUUGAAGAUCAAGUGAAAAAAGUCAAGAUAAACACGAAUAAUAUUUUGACGACAAACUCUGGAGGAUUGAAGAGUAAAGCCAUCAUGCAUUUCUCUGGCAGUGAUUCCUUAGAUGCCAUCCAGAAGGCAGUAAAAAAUGUGAUUCAGGAAUGUGAGCAAAAUAACUUUACAUCUGUGGCCUUCCCUGCAAUUGGCACAGGUGAAGGAAGACAUGAUCCUGCAAAAGUAGCAGACACCAUGUUAGAUGCCAUUGCACUUGCAGUGAAGAAUGGGCUCAUAUUCAACUUGUCUACCAUCCGUAUUGUCAUUCUGUGCAGAAAUAUAUUUAACAUCUUCAAAACAAAGUUGGAAAACAGACUUGGAAUGCCUCCUCUUCAGUCAAACUUCUUGGAUAGAAUAGGAAGUAGACUGAGGAAAUCCUUUAAUCAGGAAAUGCCUACAGACGACUGUGAGAUCUUUGAAACAAAAAAUGUCAUAACUCCUGCCAUUUUUGAUGUGAUAGGAAUAUUAAAAGGUAGUGUGAAGAAUGCAAAGGAGAGAAUUGAGAGCAUCUUUAAUGACAAUUUCUCUGAUGAUUGCAUUGAAGACGAAGAAAUUGCCUACCUUUCAGACACAGUGAUUCAGAAUAUACUGCAGUGGGGUGCAGAGUUUAAUGUCCAUAUCACUAUUAAAAAAGGAUGUACUAAUGAGAUAAGAGUACAAGGCUUAACUAAGGAUGUCAAAGAAGUUUUGAAAGCAGUGGAAAUUGAACUGAAAGCUGUACUAAAGAAAGAACUUGACCAACAUCACCAGUAUCAGAUUUACCAAGUAAUCCGGUGGCAGUAUGAAGAGUGUAACCAAUAUUCAACGUUUGACAGAGAGACAAACUUCCAGAUUGAAAAUCACUUCAGCGAAGGAGCCAUUGAAGCUGUUGUCGAGUGGAAUGGAAAAAGUCUGUUUAUGGAGUUUCAGCAAAAGAUAGCGACUGUUCUAGAAACUGGGGAUAUAAUGAAUAUCAAACGACAGAAUAGAUUGGCAGGAGAAGAUUUUCCAAGGAACUGGACUGAAAUGAGCAACGAUUUUAUUCAAAUACCACUAGAUCCUAUAUCACCUGAAUACCAAGAUGUGGUAAAAAAUUUUCAAAAAACAGCUGCUGGAUAUGAGGUAGUCAAGAUUGAACGAGUGCAGAAUGUUUAUCUAUGUCAUGCGUAUGAGGUAAAGAAAAAGCAACUAACUGAUAAACAUGGUCCCGCAAACUUGAAUGAGCUGCACCUGUUUCAUGGCACAUCAGGAAGCAGCUGUGUCUCUAUUAACAAACAAGGGUUCAACAGGAGUUUUGCAGGGAAAAAUGCUGCUAUGUUUGGCAAAGGCGUAUAUUUUGCAGUGGAGGCGGCCUAUUCAGCUAAGAAGUUUUGCCCACCAGACAGCGAAGGACUAAAGUACAUGUAUUUUGCAAGAGUCCUGGUUGGUCAGUAUACAAAAGGACAAAGUAACAUUAAAGUGCCUCCACCCAGAUCCAACAAAGAUUCCACAGAUCUGUACGACAGCCUUGUAGACAACAUUUCCAAACCCAUGAAGUAUGUUGUCUUUCAUGACGAUCAAGCCUAUCCAGAUUACCUGAUCACCUUCCGAUAAAUAAACCAUAAUUACCUCCAUACACCUCUCCAGAACUUAAUUGAUGAGUGAUGUGACACACUCUUUGGUGUUGGUGCUGUACAGAAAUUAAAUUCAGUUUUGAACAAUAAUUAUGAAAGCUGGAAAAUCACUUCAAAGAUACCUGAGAAUGCGCGUUCAAAGAUGUGAAAUUUCAUCUUGGGGUUGAAUUGAUGAAAGCACCUUGAAAUAAAAUAUUAAAUUCAUGAUAAUAUUGCUGAGAGGUCACCGUUAUAAAUAAUGAAUACAUUUUGUAUAUUGAGCUGAUUCCUGGGUAAUCUUGUUAGGUCUUCUGACUGUACAACAUACACUUAAACAAUAGUUUCCAUAUUGACAUGCUCACAAGAUGUUAGAGUUUACUGAAGAAUGUUUUCUGGUUUUAUUUGGUCCUUUUCAGGCCUAACAAAGCAGCUUGUCUGCUGAUCUGAAAAGCUGGUUUGAUAAACAUUUCCCCCUAGUUAUCCUGGAAUUAUCGUGGAAUUAAAAUAUGAUAGUGAUUUCAGAAAUAGUUUUAUGUUUAGUCAGUUGCAUUAAGGAAGGAAGGAAAACUCUUUAAAAUGAGACCCCCAUUCUUGCAACAAUUCCAUGGUAACAGUUUUCUACAUUUUCAUUGGAUCUACUUGGAUCAUAUGCACAUUCUGUGAAACUUUUUUGUAAAUCAUUCCUUACUUUUCCAGAGUAAUGUGUUGAUAUUGAUUUACUAAAUAGCUUUGUCAUUCACAAAAAAGACCAAGGCAGAAUGUUUAAACAUUCCAUGGUAUGUACGCUAUUUUUGUCUUUGGUGCCAUUUUCAAAGUCUGAUUCAUGAGCUGAUGUGAGUAUGUUUCCAGGAGUACCAUUCAGUGGAUCGAGUGCACAACUAGUUGAACAUUUUCAGCUGUGUCACAAUCCAGCCAUGGAAAAUGUUGAUCAACUGAUUGAAAGGUGCCCUUUCUUAGGUGUGCCAGCGUGCCCUAUUUCAGGGCUUGGGAAUAUGCCCUUUUUCCCACUAUUGUGCAGUCUUAGAGUUGGUGUAUAUAAAGGCUGCAGUGGGGGCUUGUUUUCUCACCGAAAAAGCUGGUAGUGGUGGUUGUGAGUUUUUUGAUGUGUGUGUGUGUGUGUGUGUGUGUGUGUGUGUGAUUUGCUGUUACACUAUGGAGUAUGCAUGUGAAUGUAUGUUGAUUGAAUGUUCAGCAUUUGGGGCAUGUGUUGUAGGGUACAGUAGGCCGUGUAUGUUUUUUUUCCCCCAAUCGCUUGAGAUGUAAUGCUUGUUAGUGUAGGUAACUCAGUAUAUAUUUGUCUGCAGAUAUGCUUCACAAAUAGUUUUUAAACUGUUGCAAGAAAACACGUCUUGUUUAUGGCAUGUCUGCCACAAGUUUCAGUUUUGCAGAUGUGUAGUAGCUAGUGAAAAUUUUGUUUUACCAUGCCAAAGUUGUACUCAAAUGACCUUUCUUCUUUUGUAUCAGGACCAAAAAUCAAUUGAUGUUAAGUUGUCAAUCUCGCCUUCAUUCUUGCUUGAUGGGCUCGGAGCCGAUCCCUC